UGCAAGUGGUUCUCUCCUCUGAUCUCUCUCGCCCGCCACCGGCCCCGAUCUCGGCGAUGCCGCCUCUCACGACCCCCAAGUCCGGCGACGCCCUCUUCGCCAGCGUCGAGCGCGUNNNCGCGGAGCUCUUCACGCUCACGUACGGCGCCAUCGUGCGGCAGCUGCUCACGGAUCUCGAGGAGGUCGAGGAGGUCAACAAGCAGCUCGAUCAGAUGGGUUACAAUAUUGGAACUCGGUUGGUUGAUGAAUUCUUAGCCAAGUCAAAUGUAUCAAACUGUGCUGACUUCAAGGAGACUGCUGAUACUAUAGCAAAGCUUGGGUUCAAAAUGUUCCUGGGCGUGACUGCAACUGUAACCAAUUGGGAUGCUGAGGGUACAACUUGCAGCUUUGUAUUGGAGGACAACCCACUUGUAGAUUUUGUUGAGCUUCCUGAUACUUGCCAAGGUCUUCAGUAUUGCAAUGUGUUGAGUGGAGUUAUCAGGGGAGCACUGGAAAUGGUUUCCAUGAAGACGGAGGUUACAUGGGUCCGUGAUAUGCUUCGCGGGGAUGAUGCCUACGAGAUGCGGGUGAAGCUCACCAAGCAAGUCCCAGAGGAAUACCCCUACAAGGAUGAUGACUAGUUUCAUCUCAAGGGGUAGCUCUUCCGCAAGGUGGCGCUUGUUUGCUUGUCUGGAUAUCCGUUUUGCUUUCCCUGUGGCUGUAAUUCUGGUACAACCGUCAUGUUUACAUGAGGCACCUGUUCAUUGUAUUUUGCAGCUGGACUGUGUACCGCAGAUGUAUUGUAGAGAUCUUGUAUGGCUUUCCUGCUUUGGAACAGUGCCUGGAAAUGAAGUGUUUUUACUCUGAUUAGCUGCCAAAUCUUUUUGGAAUAAACUGGUCUGGAAAAGAUCUUCCGGAGCU